AUGGCUUCUCGUAGACGCAUGCUCUUGAAGGUUAUAAUCCUCGGUGACAGCGGGGUGGGCAAGACAUCGCUAAUGAAUCAGUAUGUGAAUCGAAAAUUCAGUAAUCAAUACAAGGCGACAAUAGGAGCUGACUUUUUAACCAAAGAAGUUCGGUUUGAGGAUAGAUUGUUCACAUUGCAGAUAUGGGAUACUGCAGGACAAGAGAGGUUUCAAAGUCUUGGAGUGGCUUUCUACCGUGGUGCGGACUGCUGUGUUCUUGUGUAUGAUGUGAAUGUCAUGAAGUCAUUUGACAAUCUCAACAAUUGGCGAGAAGAGUUUCUGAUUCAGGCUAGUCCAUCUGACCCUGAAAACUUCCCAUUUGUUGUGUUGGGGAACAAGAUAGAUGUUGACGGAGGCAAUAGUCGAGUGGUUUCUGAGAAGAAAGCAAAGGCAUGGUGUGCUGCCAAGGGAAACAUACCUUACUUUGAGACUUCUGCUAAAGAAGGUUUCAAUGUGGAUGCUGCAUUUCAGUGCAUAGCCAAAAAUGCCCUUAAGAAUGAACCUGAAGAAGAAAUAUACCUUCCUGACGCCAUUGAUGUUUCGGGUGGAGGGCGACAACAACCGUCCACCGGAAAAGAAGUAACUGGGUUUCUAGACCAGAUCCCGCCUCCUCGCCUGGAAGACGCCGGCCUUGAGGACUGUGCCCUCCCGCCUGACUUAAUCAAAGAAGCCUUCCUUAAAGCAGCCACUGCCGUCAAGUCACGUGCCACCUCCAUCUUCACCGACCAAGAAGAAUCCGAUGAUUGCAUCCAAGAUCCCCGGCCAGAGGAUGCUAAGGGCGCUGCUGACAAGCUAGUUGGUGUGCCGCCAGUUCCGGAGGUGUCGGAUGCGUUGGUGGGAGUAGAGGUGGGAAAGGAGACGCCGGGGUCAUGUGUGGCCGAGAAAGGCGGUGGAUUGGUGGAGGAGGGCAGGGAUAAGGUUGUUGUGGGUGGUGGUGACGUGGAGGAGAAAGAGAACGAGAAAGGUGGUUGUUUGGUUGAUGGGCUAAAGAAGAAAGAAGAAAAAGGUUGUGAGGAACAGGAGCUGGAGGAGGAGAGAGAAGGAGAGAGGCCAAUUUUGACUGAAGGGAUUGAAAACUCAUUAGUGUAUCAUAUGGAUUAUGUUUAUAAGUCUCUUUCAAAACCCAGUUCUGAUGCCUGUAGUUGUAAUCGCUCCAAGUGCUCGACAGCAUCUGCUAGAGGAACUUCCAAAGAUGCAACCCUGAUUGGCCGUUAA